GCGCGAUUGUAGCGCUCCCUAGCGAAGCGCGUUGAAAUCAGAAAUGAAAAUGGCGAUUUCGUUCAAGUCGUGUUCAUUUCAUCUUGUCCAGUCGAUCAGGGUGUAUCCUUUUAACAAUCCGUAGUGCACGUGUGCAGUGAAUAUUGUGGUAAAAUUGUUCGAAAAACAUGGAAAUGGAAGAACCGUGUCAGAAAACAGCCGAAAUUGAAGUAAUGACCAAAAUAGAAGAUAAACUACCUUGCAAAGAUGACGUCGUUGAGAAAAGCAGUGCGCAUAAUCGUACGAACUUGACCGACGACAGUGAACAUCCGCCGAAGAAACGGAAAACCAGGCGCGGGAAAUCCAAACGGAAACAGCCAUACCAGAAAAACUCUAGGAAAUGCAAUAAUAAACUUAUCAAACCAGAGGCGCCGCAUAAUAGCAAUCAAUUUUUGCUCGAAGAUCAUGGUUCUAUUGAAGAUUUGGAUGAAAAUUUUAAGAACACAGAUCAAGUGUCCACAUCCACCAUCACAAGAACAAGGGAUUCUAGUUUCAGUGGGGACUCUGAUGGUGAAUUUUACUCUUCACCUGAUGAUGAGGAGCAGUUUUUGAUCAAAGACUUUGAUGACCAAUAUGAAAGCCUACAUGCAGAGCGGCUACAAUCCUUGUCUAAGGAAGAACUAGUUGAAGAAUACUUGCAACUUGAAAAUAAGUUGGACCAACUUUCCAAAAGACUACAAACCACCGAAGAUGAUGACUUGGUUAAUAGACCAGAGCUCAAACAAGAGGUAGAAAGACUUACUAUAGAGAAUGAGAGACUUAGGAGAGAAAAUGAAUUGCUACGCAGUAAAAUGGAGAGAACUGAUUCAGAGGAUUCAGAAACAGAUUCAAGGGACUCUUGCAGCAGUUCCUCUUCAUCCAGUGAUGAUUGCAGUUCUUGUAGUAGCAGUCAUUCCAGCAACUCUAGAGUCUCAUUGACUCAGGUGAAUUACACACAAACCAAUGGACCUGUUUCUAACAUAGAUCUUGAGGCAAAACCUGUUUAAUUCAGAGCUGUAUUUAUUAUAUUCACUGUGUUUUGUUUAGUAGGAGCAGAUGAUUGAAUUUCAACAGUAUUUUGAAGUUACACAGUGAGAAUUCAAAGUGGUAAACAGAAAAUACGAUUACUUUUUUAUCGUUUUAUAGCUAAAUCACAAUUGGACCGCGUUAUGCAAUACGGAACCAACAAGCAAAAACAUCUUUCUGAGUAAACAGAGAAAAAAGAUUUUGUUUGUUAUUUCAAAUCAUGAUCGUUCAAAAAUAAGAAAACUGUACACUUUUUCACGGCUUUAUUUAGAGGUUGCAAAUGCCGAGAGAAUAGCAUUGUUUGUGGGUUACCUUUUCCUUUUUUAAUAUCAAUUUCUUUAUAGUUAUCAGUGGCGUCGUGGGUUGAUAAAGAUACUAAAAGGCUUCUCUUUUAAAACCUUAAUUUCUUUAAUUUUCAACCAGUUGAUCUUUUCCUCUUCACAGCUUUUUUUCUAUUAGUUAUUUCCUUUUCAAGCUUCUUGGUACUAACAGUCUUUUUUUUCUAUGCUCACCACCUCAAUGGGACGCUUCUUUCUACAGGACUUCAUAACCUGAAUGUAGUCUUCAGGAGAAAACAUAGUGUGCCUUUUGAGAACACAUCUACAUCCCCAAAAUCACUGUCAUUGGACAGAAAACUGUCUGGAUGUCAAAAAUCUCAAGAUUAUACUUUUUAGGUGUGGAGAUUCCUCAAGAGCACAUUUCAACAAAAGUACCAUCUUAAUAUUUCUGUUUUGACCUCCACAGGAGUCGCUCCAUAAUAUAAGGUUUUUAACGGUUUUUGAGACGUUAUUUGCAAUAUAACGCAUCAAACAAGAGCCCACCUCUUGGGCACCGCGACCAGCUUGUCCUUCAAGCCACAGGUUGAAAGUGGAUUUUCCCUCCUUCGCUGCGUAUAUCUCACAGUUAUAAAGGCAUAGCUGUCUUUUAUAAAAUAUAAUGUUUGUACUAAGACGUGGUAACGGAAGUGUUUUCUUCAUAUCAAAGGUCAGUGUCUCUAUUUCCUUAUUCUGUGUUGCUUCUUUGAUAUCACUAUUCAUCUUAGUUCUGGCUUGUUCUGCUUCAACCAAGUGCAUACUAUGUUCAAAGCUAAUCUUACUCUUCUGUUCUCCUGCUGGUAAGUUAUUGAGAUUUAUGUCACAUUUAUUACAGGUAUCUUUCUUGGGUUUUUUCACCUUUAAGUUGAACUUCUUUAAAAAAAAUUUCUUGUAGGAGGAAAAACUCACGGUAUUCACAUUUUCGUCUGUGUAAAGCUUAUACAUUACUGUAAGUGUCGUUCCUUCUGCCAAAUAUUCCUGUUUGCCACUUUUGGCCCUACAGUAGUGAGACUUAUAGCGGGGAAACUUAUUAAUGUGACUGAUAACCGCAUUAUUUUGUUCAUCACUGAUUUUGUUGUGAUCACCAGCAAUACCUCGGCGAUCAAGUAUUGAUAACGAUCUUAUCUUACACAGUAAUGUGUUAAUACGUUUAGUUGAGAUUUGGAGCGUCUUAACGAACAUAUCUCUACAAACGAGUUUCUUGUUAACAUAGUAAUAUCUAGAAAAUUGUCGUUUCUCCGAGUUUAUAGCACCAGUGUUUUUUCUUUUUACUUUCUCCUCCUUAACGCAUGUUGUUAAAUAGGUUGUUUGAACGUUAUAAUCCCCCAAGUUUCAAUAAUGGUCAAACAAUUUAUUUUCUCUCGUCAACAGAUACUUUUUGGUCACAUUUCAUGGCACAGGAACAUUUAUGAUAUAUGAAUUCUUUUGGUUGAAGUAGUUGGACUUGGAAACAAAUCGUUAUCUUGUGAAUAAGAUUGGCUAGCAGCCACUUGACUGCAGUCAAAUAUUAUGUCGUUGUUAAUUGCCUCAGUUAAUGCAUAAGAAAUGUCUAAGUUCAAAGUUGUGCCAUGUCCUGAUUCAGUACUAGGACUAGAGGAUUCGAAAGCAAUUUCUUUUCCAACAACGUUUGUAUUAUUUUCUGGUAAAAUGGCAGCCAUCGGGACAUCCAGAUUCAACAUUUCAAGAAUUUUUAAUCCACGUGACAUUCUGCAACAAGAGAAAUUUCUUGAUUUUUAAAUGUUUGCAUAACAUGUAUCUCCAAUAAUACGUUACUUCUUAUUCACAGAAAAUUGUGUAUCUCCAGAUCCAAAAAUAUGAUGUCUUAAACUAAGGAAUAUUUAUCCAAUUGAACUAAUUGUGGUAUAAAAACGCAUGAUUGAGAACUUACCUUGUAGCAUGUAACCACAACAUCAAUAUUUAUGGACUAUUUUGUAAGAAGUGAGCACUUUUAGACGACGUCAACAUAACUCUGUACUACACUAUAGGGACAGAUGGAGAUACACAAUUUUCGCGCCGUUUCUGAGCAGUAUGGAGUUACACAGAUUCCUAAUCGCGCUAUUUGAUCCAUUUAAAUUACGUUAGGAGAUAUACGGCUUUUACUGCCGAUAGCAAUCGACGUUAGCCAACAGAUGGUGCUAAAACCUCGAUUUUGAUAAAAAUGGAGUUACACGGUUUUCUGGUUUCAAGUACCGUUUGUUCUUCCAAAACAAAAAAGGAAUAACUGACACCUUGCAAUAAGGUUUCAAGUAUACUUGGAACUUCGCUGAAAAUUGCAGUGACCUUGCUUUGAAAUUUGCAAUAGGUUUCUUUCACUCAUAGAUGGCGCCAGCAGCUAUUUGAAGCCUGGUUUCUUGUUGCGAAACAUGGCUAGCUGAUUCAUGAUUUAGAAAAUGUAAAUACCUCAUUUUAGACCAAAAUGUGGUUUGGUUCCAUAUUGCAUAACGGGGUCCAAUUGUAUAGCACUUAAUAUUGUUUUAAAAGAUGUUAUAACCAUAUUUGAAUCUGUAACAUACAUUGUAAACUUAUUUUGAAAUCUUAAGUUUUACUAAAUAUAUUUUGAAAUUUGUAUGAAAUGUCACCAUAUUUGCUGUGCAUCUAUUAUCUACUUCUACUGAACAUGUUGUAUUUAUUCAUUCCUGUAGGAUACAAAUAUUUGCUGUUUGACCAAUGUUAAUUUGUAUAUAGGCAGUAUAAAUGGUGUUUAAAUGUUUCAUAGUUAUGGGACAUCAAAUUAUUUCAAAAGAAAUUAAAUUUGGAAAGAAAAACAUUUACAAUAGACACAUGAAAUGUGUUCUGAAAUGAUUUUGUAAUAGGUUCCAAUCUAAAUAUGACAGAAAAAGUAUGAUAUUUUAGUGGCAACUGUAAAAAAAUCCUCAAGACAAAAUAACAGCCAAAAAUGUCAAGAGUGGUCAAACAUUGCCAACAAUUAUAGCAAGAACAGGACUGCUGGAUACAAGAGCAGAUUUAGAUGACCCCCUCCCCUAGGUGCCCCACUCUGCUAUUUUUUUUUUCAAGAAAAUAUUGCUGUAUCUUAGUGUAAAAUUAUCUUGCUAGUCCAGAAUCAUGAGACGUACGGCCCUAGACCUACCCCACCCCAAGCACUUCAUUUUAUUACAAGGUCAUUUACUGUCAUACGUGCUGCUGAACUGCUAAGCAUGCAGCCGCUAAACCAUCCCCUGAGAUGAACAUCUCCCUAAACAUGCUGUGACCACUACACAGUGCUCCCCCUAGACAGAUUCCUAAAUCUGCAAUUGGCUAGAUAUAUCACAUGCUACAGACAAGCUGGCAUUGAAUCCAGUCGAAUGUUGACCAGAUUAUUGCAUAACUAUCAAAUGUAAAAUGUCAUUUUACUAUAGAUGUUACGGAUUCAAGAUGAUUUAGCUUCAGCUGUUUGCAAUGUAUUUUCCCCACAAGUAAUUUUUACGAAUAUGAAGCUUAAGAUAAAAUACCUCUGUGUACAAUUUAUUAAGAUUCAAAAUUGCUAGGAUGUUUAUCUACAUCACAAUUUUUUAUUAAUUGUUUGAAUGUUUUAUAAAGAUAUUGAUGAAAAGCUGUAGUGAUAAUUUAUUAAAAUAAUGUUAAGUAUUGACAAAGUAGUUUUUUUGCAGUAUUCAGAGAAGCUACCCCUGUUAAUGCAAGCCUGAAGAUUUUUCAAUCUUCCAUGUUCUCUAUAACAGUUGUAGUAGUCACUAAUUGCCUGACUGACAAUAUUGAACUAUUCUUCAUUUUUCAGAUUUUAACACGACAUUGUAGGUCAUAGUCACCUACAUUGCAUGCAGAGGUAUUGUAAGUCCCUGCGCAAGUGUUCCCCCCCACCACUGGUCUUGAACGAUAUUUUGGCGUAAUAGCUUGAGGCGCGUCAUUUGGCUGCAUAACUAUGAUAAGAGCAGAUGAUCACUUACAGAACGACUGUAAGUCCAAUGUCAGCAACAAAUAUAAGUCUACUUUCACGGACUAGUCUUACUUUUUUUCCGGUAAAGCAUUCUAUAUCCAAAAUCUCUCAGAAAUGUUAGGCAAGACACAAACACGAAAAAUAGCUCUCCUGUAAAAUAUGCAUUUUGUGACUUAGAAUACUUCUGCAUUCAAGCGACGUUCUAUUUUCUGCUACAUCUUACCAGUUUUGCAAGUUCCAAGUUGAUCUACUUGAGGUCAUCUUACUGUUCACAUGUAUUGAUUUUCUCAGACUACAUUUUUAAAAUUUCAAUAUUUGUGCACUUUUUUGCAUUGGCCUCCUGCAAUAAUGUUAGGAAUUAAUUUUAGAACAUUCACUUGGCUCAUCUGUUCAGUUUAUAUGACGGUUUUAUUAAUUUUUUUUUGAUACGCAUUAAUAUACGUACAGAAAAGUGACUGUAUUUAUCUUUGCUCUACAGAUACUAAAAUUAUAUGCUGUUCAUUGAAGAACCGGAAGCUUUUAUAAUGAGAACAGCAAAUAAAAUUCAAAAUAUUUGUACUAAAUCAGUUGAGGAUUUGGCUAUGCUGCUGUAUUCCAACUAUGGGCGCCCAUUAGGAUGGCAUAUGGUUUCUGCUUGAGUAAAAUAUUCUUAUAAGAGUACCCGUUUCUUGAACGAGUGGCACGUGUUUUUAAUACUCAAAAACAAACCUUAAAAAUUAUUUUUUCUCCCACCUCUUUAAACAGCUAGCAACUCUACUUCAAACUGACUGACUGGACCUUCAAGCCUAACCUUGCCGCUUUAAAUUUUGCUGUAUUGGCGCCCAUAAUUCGAAGUAGUGGUUUACAUUUUGAAAACGAAUCGUGGCAGAAUUCGCCAUCUUCAUCUGUUUAUUGAAACUCAAAACAAUGCUUUUUCGAUUUUUACUACAUUCAUUUUCGUAAUAUUUUAAUGUAGUCAUAAUGUUUGUGCUUUGUGAGAGUGAUGAUCUGUAGAUGUCUUUCUGCAGGUUCAAUAGCUCAGCAAUUUUUUCACAGAAGUUUUACGUUAUGUUUAAGUGAAAGUGUGGAACCUUUAAGGGGUUAAAGGUUAUCAUCAAGUGAAAUCAGAAUAAAAAAAUGCUAUUAUUGUAAAGGUAGAGAUAUUUAUUUUCAUUUCUG